AUGUCAACUAAAACCGAUGAUUAUUCUCUCGAUGAAGAGCGUAUUGUUGACAUUAAACAACAUGAAGACUAUCUAUAUUGUUCAAUAUGUCGAAAUCCGUUAUGGAAACCUGUUUCAUGCAAGGCAUGUGAAAAAACAUUUUGCAGACAAUGUAUUCAACAAUGGCUAUCACAAAAAGAUUGUAAUAGAUGCCCAUUCAAUUGUAAAUAUGAAGAAAAACGUUGUUCACCGUUAUUAAAUUCAUUAUUAUCAAAAGUACGAGUUAUCUGUCAAUAUAAAGAUUUUGGUUGUCAACAAAUUAUUUUGUAUGAAUCAUUAGAAAAACAUGAAAUGGAAUGCGAUUAUCAAACAGAACAAUGUCAUGGGUGUAAGAAAGAACUUUUAAUGAAAGAUCUCAAACAACAUGAAGAAUAUUGUGACCAAAUUCUUGUUCAUUGUGAUCUAUGUCAUUGUAACAUUAAACAACCACAAAUGAAAUGUCAUGUUGUUGAUUGUUUUAAAAAACAGUUAAAAUUAGCUAGAACAGAUUUGACCAGAUUGAUGGAAAAGUAUGAGAACGAGAACAAAUCAGCUUUAAAGACGAUUCAUCAAACAACACAAAGAUUGCAGGAACAAUAUAGAAUAUUAAACAGUUCGAUAGUUAAUGAUACAAAUGAACUAAAUUGUGAUUUAGUCAAAGUAAAGAGUACAUUAGCGGAAUUUCAGGCUAGUAUUAAAAUAUUACAAAAUACAAGUCAUGCACAAAGUAUGUUAUUAUCAAAAUUUACGACUAUCGGAUCUGAAGUUGAAACUUCGAUAAAAACGAAUGAUAACAGAUUUCAGGCGGUUGAUCAGCGAAUAAACGAAACCAUACAAUCAAUUGAUAAAGACAGAUCUAGGGUACAUACAUUACAAACUAGAAUUCAAACGUUUUCUGAUAAAACUGCCGAACAAAUAAAUACAUUAGAAUCUAGAUUUCAGUUGUUAAACGAUCAACUACAACAAAUGGAAUCUACUGUCGAAGAAUUGAGUAAUAAAUUACAGUAUGCAAUUUUUGCUAUAAUUGCCAUAGUUGCUAUAGUUAUAUGUGCUAUUUGUAUUAAAUGUAGUACAUUAGUAAUAACCGUUACUAUCCUCGUCAUCUUUUUAUGUAUUGUACUGGAACUGAAGGACGAUGAACGGUCGUAA